UUAAGGCAUUAAGUAACAACUACACCAUCUAGUACAUUUCCAUUUGUUUGUGCUCCCGUUAUGCCAAAUACUGCAGCACAAAGAGCACAGAACUACCUUCGGCGUGAACUACCACAGAAAGUAAAGGCUUGUUCAAAACAGGCACUAGCUUACGGAACCUGUGUAAAUGAAUGGGACAACCUCAGGAAAGGAGAUUGUGAAAAAGAAUUCUUAGCUUUCAAGCAGUGCAUACAAUCCACCAAGAAAUAACUGUUAUACAGCAGCACUGAUUCAAUAUGAAACCUAUAGGCUCAUUUAAAACACAACUGGCAUGCGAAUCUAUGAUUGGUUAUACAUACUGGUCACUUGUCCAUGGCUUGGGGCCAAUGAUUUGGUUCUACCCCCUCAACGAACUUGACAUCACUGGUUAUGAAUUAUUUGUUGUGGUGGCUUUUUCACCGAUGUUGUUUUUAUUUGGAGAAGGCGCCAGAAGUUUUUUGAGCAAAAAAGCAGUUGUCAACUUCUUUCUACUUUUAAUGUUGGUUGGGGCUUCAUCCUUCCAUGCAUCAUCAACUUUACUGCGACUUGUGGGACUUUCUGUUGGCGUUGGAGUUGCCUUUAUUGUGCAGUGCGCUACAUGGUGGUCUGGAACAGAACAGCAACGUCGUAUUCAUUUCUGGGGUUACGUGCUUGGAUUUUUUGCACUUGUUGCGUCCAGAAUAUGGUAUCUGUCUAUGACACCCCUAUGGAACGACCACAAGAGCAACAAAAUCUUGGUUUCUUUAUUCGCUGCUGCUAUUGGAGGAAAAAUAAUUUCACAACUUCCAGAAGAGGAGCAGAAAGUUUCUGAAGAGCAAAAUGAAAAGAAGGAUGAUAAGAAGAUAAAAAACACUGGUAAUCCACUGAUCCUUAGCCUUGGUUACGGAGCAUUAUUCUUCUUUCUACAUGCCAUAUUUGGUGAAGUUUCACUCGUACCCCGCUACACUGUGUCAGGAUUCCCAGAUACUGGACCCACACCCAACCCAUGGGGUGGUUUGAUUCUUCUUGGUUUAGUACUUGGUUUGUUGGUAUCUUUCUACACCACACUUCCUUCUACAUUGAUGUGGUCAAUUGUGGGUUUUGCUGCAAGUAUGGGUCUCAUGUUUCUUCCUACUUGGUCAGGAUUUGCAUGUGGUGUUAUUCUUGCCAUCUACAUUGCUUCAGUGUUUCCAACAUUGUCAGAGAAGUUGGUAAACCACCCCAACCCUGGCUUGUGUUUAUUGAUUGCCAACGCCACCUAUCUGCUUGGUGUGUUUGGCAUGGUGUGGUGCACUGCAUAUAACUUUGUACCAUUUGGUGGGGAACUAGCUAGAGAAAGGACUUAUGUGAUUAUAGGUACAAUGAUGUUCUUUAUAACAACAUCAUUAAUGCACACGACUGAUGUAACUUGCAAGCUCUCCCUUUCCCUCUGCAUGCCUGAGAGGAAAUAUUACAUCAAGAUUCCACAGAAAGUAACUCCACAGCAAAUAGUUGACACUCCACUUGGUACAACUGUGCGGAAGUGUUUGUUCGUUAUUGCCCUUGUUGGUCUUAUUGGUUUCGAAUACAGACGAUUGGUUAUGCCAACAUAUAAUGCAACACAGCUAAAAGUGUUACACAAUGCCAAGCACCCCAGUGAUGCCAAACAGUUUUCUGCAUUGAUUUGGACAUUUCACUUUGGUUACGAUAACAGGGGAUGGCCAAGUCUUGAGCGAGCUGCGGAAGUUUUGAACAACACUGGCGCAGAUGUGAUAACUUUGCUGGAAAGUGACGCAUCCAAACCUUACUUGGGUAAUAAUGACAUAACAAUGUGGCUUGGUGAGAAGUUGGGCAUGUACUCGGAUUUUGGACCAUCAACUAGAGACCAUACAUGGGGAAAUCUUAUUUUGUCAAAAUAUCCGAUAAUGAAUUCCACCCACCAUCUCCUCCCAUCACCUGAAGGUGAAUUAGCACCAGCCAUUUCAACCACCAUCAAUAUAUCAGGAAGUAUGGUGGAUUUCGUUGUCACUCAUAUGGGGAAUGACAGGGAUGAUUUGGACAGAAGACUUCAAGCAGAGAAGCUCUCCCAACUAUGCAGUGCAACCAGCAACCCUGUGGUCUUCCUUGGCUACGUCACCUCAUCUCCUGGAAGCAGGGAUUAUCAGAAGUUAACCAGGGAUGGGAGGAUGAAGGACAUUGAUGCAAAUGAUAAGGAUCGAUGGUGCGAGUACAUCAUGUACAGAGAUUUAAUCAAGCUUGGUUAUGCACGUAUAUCUCAUGGUGGACUGAGUGAUACUGAACUACAAAUGGCAAGAUGGAGAAUACCUUCUUCUAAAAAUUUUAAGGACAAUACUAAGACCACAACCUCCACAAAAAAUAUUCCACACUCUGUUCAAUUUAAUGAUGUGUUUGGAAAAUACCACGUUGGGAACUGGUAUGGCACAGGCCACCACUUUCAUGUGAGCACGCCUAAAUAUUUCACUCCCUAGCUGAAGACCCCUAACUGAGAAACCAUUAUAAUUAUUAACUUAUUUGAGAAACUGUGCACUAAAUGUCAUUUUCAAAUGAAGGCCAUGUCUUUUAUUUAGCCAAGCAAAAUUAUAUAUCCUGCUAUGCAGACAAUCAGAGUAGACACUGAUGUUUUGAAGUGUAAUUUGACAAAAAAACAUCAGUACCCUUAAUUUUGUCCUUUACUGAUGUUUAGUUGCUUUAAGUUUUAAUUUGUAACUAUAUUUAUGUUAGAAAGUUUCAGGUAUGAAGUGUAUGAAUAAAAUUUCAUUUUCAAUACAAAA